UUUUAUGUUCAGAUAGGCCUACAUCAAACAGGAUUGUUAAGUUUAGAACUCUAAAUUAUUCCCCAUACACCUGCAGUGUAGACGGCUUUGGUUUCUAGUUUUGUCUCGCGUCGCUCGCUUACAGUGAAGAUAAGCGACAUUCUUAUUAAUUCGGGUUUGUUAUCUCAGCUUAUCCGACACUGGGACAGUUGUCUUCAUUCAUUCUGGAGCUGUUGCGUUGAGCGGAGCGUCUGGAGUUGCAUACCACCUAAUAUGUAAACGAAACAAACACUGUCCCAUGCGUGUACAAAAGGGAAUCAACUUUUUGACCGUUGCGUUUUGAUCGCGUCUCGUUGUUUUUUUUCAAGGUCUCGCGCAGGAGCGGCGCGUUUUUUAGACGCCGCUUCGGGUUAAAAAGAACGUCCACUUUUAAACGCGCUUCCCGAGACACCUGCGUUCUGUUUUGUGCGUUUCGCCGCGUCUAGCUUUCUUUUUAGCGCAAUAACGCGUUCGGUUUGAACAGCCCCUAAAUCAUGCGGAAAACCCAUACCAAUGGAUACGUAUUCGACUCGUUCUGGAAAUAUAGGGGACACUCUGAUUUAUUGCUCCAUAACGUUUUUGAAAGUAUGUAACUGCUGUAGGAGAUAUUCCGCCUUUAGGAAAUAUUUGAUUAUAGCUCUUGUGUGUUUUGUGUAUUUGUUUUUCACGGUUCAUGUAAAUCACGCGUCUACUCACCAAGACAAACGUCCCGACCUCUGGACUGGCAGUGUGUAUACUCAGAGUAAAACUAAUCAGGACCCUACUGAUGGGGAGGCGAAUGAAUCUUUCAUCCCAACUAGGUCUAAUGUGGUGUACAUAACGCUCAAGUCUAAGCGGCACAAGCCUGCCAUCAUCAGGGGCACAGUGCGACCCAAAUUCCGGAGAAAGAAAGUUAAAGUGAGAUACCAGGGCUCAAAGGAUGGCAAACAGGACAAAGCGAACAAGUACGAGGGACACAAAAAUACAAACGGCAAUGAGAAAUCAUGGAAACGAUUAGGAUAUUCUGAGCAAUCGUUUAAUAAAAUGGACCGGUUUGUUGGCAGUGAUUAUUCAGCCAUCAGGAUAUACAGUCAAAGAGCUCCUCCAUGGUUCAGCAAUGAUGACAUAGCGGCCAUGCGCUUUCUUGCCGACAGUAAAAUCACGCAUAUUGAAGAAGUGACACCUCGGGGGCUUUCUUCAUUAAUUUUAUUUAAAAGUGUAACAAAUCACACGGACGAUGCUGAUGGGUGUCGCAAAUGUUGCGGUGUUGUCAAACGACCCUUGGACAUGAGUGAGGUGUUCGCCUAUCAUCUAGACAGGGUCUUGGGACUGAACAGAUCUUUGCCAACUGUCAGCAGAAGAUUCCACUCUCUUGGAGAUGGUCAUCCUUGUCCAGUAGUUUUGUGGGAUCCUUCUAUAAGCCCAGUUGUUGAUGCAGAUCACCCCUCUGAGAGACUGACCUGGGGCUCAUACCAAGCCUCUCUCAAGUACAAGUGCUGGCAUCGGGGCGUCACCCCUAAACCAGAAUGGAGCUGCACCAGCAUCCACCACUAUGAAUGGAGCAAGUUGGUAGUCUUUGAUUUCCUGCUGCAGAUUUAUGAACGGCUAGAUAGUAACUGCUGUGGGUUCAAGCCACGCCCAGAAGACACCUGUGUUGAGCUUGGUCACCAUGGAGAAUGUAGAGACAAGGACAACACAGAGCUCACCCAUAUAGUCCACCGCCGACACGACCCACACCACCUGGUUUUCUUUAACAACAAAGGCUACUUUGACCGGGAUGAGGAAAAUCUGGACUUCAAACUACUAGAGGGGAUUAAAGAGCUACCAGAUCAGUCUGUAUCUGUGUUGAGAUCUCAGCGUCUCAGAGAAAAGCUCCUGCAAUCGUUGUUCCUAGACCAGCAGUACUGGGAGAGUCAGGGUGGCCGUCAAGGCAUUGAAAAACUCAUUGAUGUUAUUGAGAGAAGAGCCAAAGUCUUGCUUACUUACAUCAAUGCCCAUGGCAUUAAAGUGGUACCUAUGAGUUCUUGACAGAUGGAGCUUCAGGUUUCAAGAAUUCUGUCUACACUGUAAGGCGACCCAUCAUCCUCUUGGUUUCCAAAGAAUGCUGAAGUUUUCAUCUGUUUGGUAUGCCAUUUGUAAGACCUGCUGAAUUGAAAUUCUGUCAGUCUGCACUUCAGAUAUGAAGAGUACUUUGUGAAUUUGUAAGCACAACGUUCAUGUACAGUAGGGCAAGAAAAUGCAAUCAAGUUUGAUAAAAAAAAAAAAAAAAAAUUAUUUUAUUUUUUUGUAUAAUUACAUUAAGCAUAGUGCUGACCUUACAUGGUUCUCCUAAAUGCUCUUGUAACAGGGGGGUUAAAAUGGGAAAAGAGGCGGCGGGAAUCGGACGAACCAUCAAAGUAAUAUUUAAUGAAAACUUAAAAAGACACAAAUAUAAACACACGGCAGCUGCGUGUGGCUCUCUCUCUCUUGAACUGCCGCAUCCGGCUCAUCUUUAUCCCUCUCCUCGGCUGAUUAGCCCGAUUGGGGCUGGGCGUGCGCACUCACGGCCUAGCCCCGCCCUCCUCCUCAUCAUCACACUCCUCCCUCCUUUGCCUCAGGCCGGGGAACCACGGCAUGACGUACAUCCCCCUUUCCGAGGAGCAUUGUCUUUCCGGCCGCGACUGCCGGCAGGCUUUCUCCACCAUCCUCGAGACCUGGGAGGGAGACAAGGGGAGGGAAAAGGGGAGAGGAAAAGAGCAAGGUUGAGCAACAGUGAGAGACAGAAGAGAGAGAGAAAAAAUUGCUCGCCAGUUCCCAGACAUGCCGUCUUAUCCUCGACCACUCCUCCACCCUCUGGCGGAUGACAGCCACUCCUCCCCAGGUGGACAGCAGCAAGUCCUCCGACUCCUGGCGGACAGAACGCCCCUCUGUGUUCUGGCGGCCGGUAGCGAGCCCCUCCGCCCCUGGUAGCGGCUCCACCGCUCCAGGUGGCCGGCAACGACUCCUCCGUCCCCCGGCAGACAGCCACGGCUGCUCCUUUGGGCAGACGGCAGUGGCGAGGACUCCAUGACAGCCCAUCCCUCCUCCCUCCUGGGUUUCAGCACCAAUGUAGCAGGCGGGUUAAAAUGGGGAAGGAGGAGGCGGGAACCGUAUGAACCAUCAAAGUAAUAUUUAAUGAAAACUUAAACAAAAAGACACAAACAUUAACACACACAUGGCAGCUGCAUGUGGCUCUCUCUCUCUCUAACUGCCGUAUCCAGUUGAUUAGCUGAUUAGCCUGAUUGGGGCCCGGCGUGCGCCCUCACGGCCCGGGCCCACCCUCCUCCUCAUCACAGCUCUACACAGAGUCCCCCACAAACCAAGACAAUAUUCACAAGCACCCUCCCUUUCUCAAAAAAUUGUUCAAGUGAAUGCCAAGCUGUGCAUUUUACAUUGUAAUCUUGAUUUCUUAGUGUUUUUGAAUCAAGUUAUUUAAAUAUAACUUAUUUUAAAUAAUUUUUCAGAUCAUGAGGACCCCUUUGAAGUUUGCUGAGGCCCCCUUGUGGGCCCAGGCCCCCUGGGUGAGAACCACUGCCACUGGUCUAGAGCACUACUAACAUUCCACAAGUUAAAGGUGCUGUAAGUGAUGUUUCCUAUAGGCAAAUUUUCAACAGACUUAGACAGCCUCCACUCUCCUAAAUCCUGCCCUUUCAGCAAACCUGUUGUGAGCAACCUGAACGCUUAUUUACUGACUGACAGGAAGAGAGCUCCUCAAAGACUUCUGACUGUCUAAACAAUACAGUAGCAGUUAGAUUCUGUUUUGCUGUCUACAGAGCAGUUGUCACUACAGUUCACAGAGAUGGGUAUUGUUUUUCAGGACACCUGAAGGAGACAUGCCAGGACACCUAUUUCAGAAAUAUGUGUCAGGUAGUAGGGACAUUUUCAAUGGUGUCCCAUUAAAAAAAAAAAAAAAAAAAAAAGAAAUUAAAAA